GGCAGGACAGAGCCGUGUCUCCCCUCAUCUUCGGUAAAGGAUGCGUAGAGAAAGCCGAACUUAUUUCUAUUAGUGUCGAUAUAUUUCUAUAUUAUAUUUUAAUUCUCGUCGAGGACUCGCUCUUGUUCAACGUUAGUCGACCCAGUGACGCGCUGCGGUUAGCUUUGUCAGGAACUUUGCAAAACAUAACUUUAGCUAAUGUCCUGUUAAAACCAUAGUGUGAUAACUUAUUUUGUUAGAAAAGCUGUCCAACUGUCAUAUCUUCGUGGAUGUUGUGUUUGCUGACCUCCCUAAAGAACUGCAGCACUGAGGUGAUUUUUGAUGGAGUGAGACACUGCUGUCAAGUGAGAUCUACAAGGAAGCUGAUCUACAUAUCUGGGACAGGACAAUUGAAGUAGCAAUUUGAAAUCUUCUCACCUGCAUUCGAACCCUAAUCGCCAUUGAACUUGAGAAAUGGAUGGAGUAGACACCUUGCAGAGCUCGGCCCCAGAGACCAAGGCUGAGAGAAUCGCUCGGUACAAGGCAGAAAGGAGGAGGGAGCUCGCUGAGCGCUAUGGCAACACAGACGAAUUCACCUCCAAAUAUGUCCGUCGGGACAGGAAAAACGGAGACGCAUCCGAAACUGUGUCUUUGGAAACUAAGGAGAAGGAAAAAUAUGAGGAUAAUGGAUUAGAGCAAACAUACACCCGGAGGGGCCUCAGGAAUAAAGUGCCUGAGCACACUGAUGAUGAGCCCGCCCGGGAGAAAGAGGGCACCACUCACCUCAAAGCAGAAGCUGUCUCCUCCGUGAAGACGUCCUCUCAUUUGAGGCUGCUGGAAACCGAUGACACAGAGGAGCCAAAGGUUGACGAACAGCCUGCGGACUCAGCCAAGAGGACUUCCAAGAUGUCUAUUUCUAAGGAUCUAGAGGGCAUGGAGGAUGGAAGCAGCGUCCGACGUGCCGAUGACGGGCCAAAGUGUCAGUCAAUGAGCAGUGACGAAGAGGAAUCCUCCGCCAGCCUCCACGAGACUGAUACAAGCAAGUUAAUGGAUGAAAACGAGGCCCCAGAUGAACCGUCAUGGAAGGAGCCGCAUGAAAAUGCUUCCUCUGCCGAAGAAAAGCCUUCCAGUCUCCUCUCCGACAGAACUCUCCCCCUCAGCAAGACCAGAGACGCCUCACCCCCUCCUUCUCCUCCCUGCCAGCGUGCCUCGCUGCAGCGCCAAGACUCUGGGCCUCGGGGCAUCAAGGGAAUCCUAAAGAAAAGCCGCUCCACCAGCGUGGAAUCGGACCACAGCGAGGGCUCGACACCGGAUUGCACACCAGCCCGACAAAGCAGCGUCACCCUCACCCACCCUGAGAGCGAGGAGGAGGAGGAGGAGGAGGAGGAGGAGAUGGAGGAUGAGGAGGUGGAGGAGAUAGAGGAAGAGGUCAAUGGGGACAAUGACAGAGCGGAUGACUCAUUAACUGAUGAUAUCACGGACGGAGGGAGCUUCAGCAUCGACAGACAACAGAGGCAGGGAAGUGGCAGCAGCGGCGGCAGCGGCGGCAGCAGCAGUGGCGGGAGCUUCGAGGAGAUGCGAAGUCCCUCGCCUGACGAGAGCCUGGAGGCGUCCACAGUGUCGGAGGACGUGGAGGAGCUGGAGAGCAGUUUGGAUGGAAGCCAGGGCUCUUCACUCAAACAGAGACUGGCAGAGUUCACUGGUGAAGGGGAGAAGAAGGAUAGAGUGAAGAAUCCCAAAUCAUCCGAGCUGAUCCAGCCAAAACUGUCUGAUCGCUUCGGUCAGCUCCAGGAUGCUGAAAAUGCUUGGAGGAAAAAGAAAUCCAGUGUGGAUUUGGGGCCCAAAGUGUCGCUGGCAGACAGGAUGAAGGUCCUUAAAGACAAAGAGGAGCAGUGGAAGAGCAGAGGCAAAGGAGCUGCCAACGACUCCGUCCAGUUCACCGUGGCCGGACGCAUGGCCAAGAAAGGUCUUGUGACCGAUAAGGAAGAUUCGCCUCUUAUAUCCCUCAAGAAGUGUAAUGCCACGCCUGUGAAACCCCACGAAGAAAUCUCCAGUAGAACUGAUGUGAAGGUGGAAGGAGAUAAAAGGCUGGACAAGCUUGAGUCUUUCCUCGACAAGCUCCACAAUAAAGGCGUGAGCAAAAGCAAGAUAUCCACCGUCGAGGUGACGGCAGAGACGGAGAAAGAGGUGAUGACCCUGGAUGAUGACGAGACGUUCGGCAACUUUUACAAAACUGUCUCGCCGUCGACGCUCAUGGACUGCAGUCUGGUUCUGACAGAGGAGGACCUCAGCCAGAUCCAGGCCAAUACGCCAAAGCUCACCUCCGCCGUAACAGAACACAAGCGAGCAGUACGACCAACCAGAAGGAACCAGGGCUCCAGGAACCCUCUGCGGGCUCUGGCUGCUCGCAACGACAUCCGCCAGGUGUACACCGAGCAGAGGCUCAACGUGGCCUCAUUGGAGACCAAGAGGAUCCAAGUGGAGAGGAUGGCAAAGCACUCCAAAACAAAUCUCGCUGAUGUGGCCUUGGCGGGUCUCGCCAGCAAGGAGAACUUCCGCAAAAUCAACCUGCGCAGCGUGAAAUCCACCGAUGUUGUGACCAACAACAGCACGCUGCCUUUCAACAAACUCAUGCUCAUUCGCAUCAAAGGUCGGAGGCACGUCCAGGUGCGCCUGAUGGAGCCCACAGCCCACUCUCUGAACAGCGGCGACUGCUUCCUUCUCAUAACACCAAAGCAAUGCUACAUGUGGAGUGGAGAGUUUGCCAACGUCAUUGAGAAAGCUAAGGCGUCGGAUAUGGCUGCGUUUGUUCAGGCCAAGAGGGACCUCGGGUGUAAGGCCUCCCAGGUGACAGUGCUGGAGGAGGGCAUCAACACGGACAGCAGAUGGGCCAAAGAGUUCUGGAGCCUGCUGGGAGGACAUACCCAAUACAGAGGAGCAGGGGAGCCAGAGGAGGACGAGCUGUAUGAGACUGGGGUGUUAGACUCCAACGGGGUGUACAGACUCCUGGGAGACAAACUGGUGCCUCAUGAAGAAGCCUGGGCCUCCAUCCCGAGUGUCUCCUUGCUCGACUCUAAAGAGGUCUUAGUGUUUGAUUUUGGCGGUGAAGUGUACGUGUGGCACGGGAAAGACGUGCCCUUGGGUGACAGAAAAGUGGCUGUGAAACUGGGCAAACAGCUUUACAGCGGCAGCUAUGACUACAGCAGCUGCAGAGUCAACCCUUUAGAUGCCUCCUGCACGAAUACAGAUGUGCCUCAGCAGGGGGAGGGUCGCCCGAGCUGGGCUCUGUUUGGCCGGCUGUCAGAGCACAAUGAGACGUCCCUGUUCAGAGAGAAGUUCCUGGACUGGGCCGAGAGGAAGAAGGAGGAAGCAGCUCAAGCAGAGGAAAUCAAGAGCCCAGUCCACACCAUUGAACGGCCCGCACUUGACUUGGAACUGCAGCCAUGUGACGCCAAGGCCCUGCUGGACAACGAGCCGGCGCCGGUAAAGACAGUUCUGGAGGGGGUGAACGUCCAGCGGGGCCACGGCCUGGUCAGGGCAGACGACGGAAGACAGGCAGAGUUGGCUACAAUAGCUGUAGACGCCUGGCACAUCAAAGAGCACGGUGAGGAGGAACUGCCUCCAGAGAGCCUGGGCCAACUGCACGAGGGCGACGCCUACAUCAUCCGUUGGAAGUACUCCAUCACCACACUCGUGGGGAAGCGACAGAAACCCGGGGAGCUGAGUGCCGGGGCCCCUGGAAGAGAGAGGACUGCUUGUUUUUUCUGGCAAGGCAGUCACUCCAGCGUCAGUGAGAAAGGAACCUCAGCUCUAAUGACGGUGGAGCUGGGCAGUCACAGGGGAUCACAAGUGUUGGUUAGUGAGGGGAAAGAGCCUCCGUGCUUCCUCCAGCUCUUCAAUGGAGGUUUGAUCAUCCACAAGGGCAGUAGAGAAAACAGUGGCAACAACACAGAUGACUGGAGGUUGUUCUGUGUCCGUGGAGAGGCGGAGGUGGAGGCCUCACUGGUGGAGAUCGAUUGCCUGCGUGGCAGUCUGCGCUCCCGUGCUAGCCUGGUGCUUCUUAACGCUCAGAAAGACGUUCUCUACUUGUGGCACGGCUGUAAGGCACAUGCCAGUGCCAGGCAGGUGGCCAAAAGAGCUGUGGACAAACUAACCCAGAGGUGUCCCUCAGAGUUAAGUCUGAGCAGCACCAGCAGCGUGACAGUUGAGGAGGUGGAGGAAGGUACUGAACCUGCAGAGUUCAUGAAGGCUCUGGGCCCGCAAGACAAGAAGGCCUACGACUGUAUGCUGCAAGAUCCAGGGAAGUACAACUACACACCACGGCUGUUCCGGCUGAGUGCCAGCUCCGGGGUGUUCGAAGGGGAGGAGCGGCUGUAUCCAGCCAGGGUGACAGAGGGUGUCAUGGCGAUGCCCUUCCUGCAGGAGAACCUCUACUCUGCACAACAGCCAGCCCUGUUCCUGCUGGAUAACCGUAUGGAGGUGUACCUGUGGCAGGGCUGGCAGCCUGAUGACACACAGUGUACCGGAUCUGCAAAGAUGCGCUGUAACAGCGAGAGGAAGUGUGCCAUGGAGAUGCUGCAGUACUGCAAAGAAAAGAACCCUCGGCGCCCCCCUCUGGCAUAUCUGGUCCUAGCAGGAUGUGAACCUCUCACCUUCACCAACAUCUUCCCAUACUGGGAGAAGGACACCAGUAUCACUUCAAAGACUGAGAGCUCCAAGAACAAGGUGAUGUUAGUAAAGGAGGCGCUGUCUCGGCUCAGUAAGCUGCAAUACUCCAUCGAGGAGCUGACUGGGAAGCUGCUCCCAGAGGGAGUGGACCCUCUCCGCCUGGAGGACUACCUGUCUGACCAGGACUUCAAGACACUUCUCGAGAUGAGUCGAGUUGAGUUCAACGCUCUGCCAAACUGGAAGCAAAAGAAUCUGAAGAAAAGCAAGGGCCUGUUUUAAAACAAAUCUUUUUGUACACAAGUCUGCCGGGUUUUUUUAUGUUCUCAGCAGCUUUUCUUACAUUUUUUAUUCCAAGAAAAAAAUGAUGUCCUCAUUUUGUAAAGGAAAGCAAAUGUACAAUUUUGUUCAAAUGUUGAUUUAUUUUUUAAGAACAAUGUAAUUUUUCCAUGUGUAUUUGUAGCCAAACAUUAUGUGCAAUUGUUAAUCUUUUUGAUGGCAAGAUGUUUUCCUUUUAUGGAAAAAAAUAGUUACCCUUAUAUUAUAAAUAUGUAAUAUACUAUAAAUGAAUGUGUUUUUAUGUCUGACUCCAGACGGUGUUGAUUUUCAUGUGAGAAUGUGUUUGCCUGUGGUUUCAAAACGGAGGGAGAGUUAUUCAUUGAUUUUUAUAUUUCACAGAGAAAGCCAGUUCUGUGUAAUAGGAUUAAAUUGUUCAGCAAAAAUGUCUCCACUUAGAGGUUGACAAGCAAAAGAAGCAAAAACAAAUUAAAGUUUAGAGAACAAUCCCUAUAAUGUGUGGACGUUUGAGAGAAACGUGGUGAUCUUAAACCAAGAUUGUAUUCCCAGCGUCUGACUCGUAUAAUUGUAACAGCAAAUAUAUUCAUUUUGUAUUUGUUAUUUUAGAUGUGUGUGGAUGAGUGAACUCUAAAAUCCCAAAGAAAACUGAAACAUGAACUCUGACUCUCCAACCAUCACAUCGACUGACUGUUGUCAGCAUCACUGAAACGGACCCAAAACAUCUUUUCAAGUUUGGUACUGAAUACUUCCUGGUUCUCAUGGCCUGUGUGCCAGGGAUGGCAGCCCUUUGAUCAACUGGUUGUUAGGGACCAAAACAAAUAUUUUUGACUUGUUAUACAUGUUUGUGUGUGUCUGAGUGUGUAAAUGUGCAACUUUAAAAGUAUUACGUGUGUGUGGGUGUGUAAGAGAGAGUACCUGUGCAGUAUAAACUGCCUUAUACCUGUAGCUGACACCACAAAUGUAUACUGCAAAUGUGAUGUUACAUGUAAACCAUACUGUUAAUAUGACUGUCUGUGAUGUCUGAAUUAGGAAACUCUCUGCAUGAUGUUCACAAAAAUAUUUUGCUUACCAAACGUGUAUUAAGUUGUUGCAAUAUGCAUUUUUUUUUUUGUGAUAUGUAAGAUCUGCAUUUUAUGUGAAGACAGCUUCCAGGCCAGCUUUUAUUUUGUGGCACAUAACAGUAAACAUUGUGGUAGGGAAAUGAGAUAUAAAUGCUCAAGAUUCCCUUUUAAAUAAAGUAUUUAAAAAAA